AUGUCUUCGCCUCGCUCUGCCAACAGAACUUCGUCGCAGUUCACAUAUCAUCUGCGGAGGAAGUCGUAUUCAUCUCCACUGCCACAUACUGGAUCGUCCAACACUACGAAGCGGACCACACUGCAACCACACAGCAAUUCCACUACCAUCAACCCUUCACCGCUCAAGAUGGUAACCACGUCGACAAAUCCCCACUACUCCCAGCAGGAUGCGUCCUCCCACUACAUGGUCGCAGAGGGAGGGUCGCAGGCUUGUGGCUGGAUGGAAUCAAUAUCCAUCGAGGACGAUGAUCUCAUGUUCGGCGGCAAGAGCCUCAGCGCCUGGCACGAGGAGGGUAGGCAGAAAGUCAGCUAUCCAGAAGAGGAAAGAAGAGGUCGACAACGUGUAGGUGUUUUGACACAAAAGCGGUUUGAUUAUUCUCUUGCUGACCAGCUAAUUAGGUUCGACAACAUCACUCCUACACACAACAACCACAAGAUUCUAAAUCAACAACGAAGUCCCAAGGACAGCCAAAACAGCAUUAGUUCAUGA